UUUUUUGAUGGUUCUGUCACAAUAUAUAUUUUCAAAUGUAUACUUGCGAUAAAUAAGCGACAGCGAAGUGCGGGUAAAAUAAACAAACGUACCAAUGCUGCCACCGAUAUUUUGUUCCAGCAAUGUACAGUUCAACAAUAACUGAGUAUGAGGAUAAUAAAGAUAAAAAGUCAUUGGAAACGAAAAAUGAGAAGGAAUCGAUUUUCGAUCAACCGCCGAAAGAGCACAUACCAGCAGUGCAACCAUUAAUUUGGCGCAAUAUUAUUGGCCUCGCCAUUCUUCAUGUUUUGGCGAUCUAUUUGUUUAUCACGCGAAUUUUCAAGGUGUCAAUUUGGACUUGGGUAUUUGGAUUUACAUAUGGAUUUUUUGUUAUUAUUGGCAUAUCAGCUGGUGCUCAUCGUCUGUGGGCACACAAGAGCUAUAGUGCUAAAUUGCCACUCAGAAUACUACUCGCUAUUUUUUACUGUAUGGCUGGUCAGACUCAUCUGACUAAAUGGGUUCGCGUUCAUCGAACACAUCACCGGUAUACAGACACAUCCGCGGAUCCGCAUAACUCUAAUCGUGGCUUUUUCUUUUCGCACGUCGGCUGGUUAAUGAUGAAACAUCAUCCAGCGGUCAAGGAAUACGGAAAGAAUGUGGAUAUGAGCGAUCUUGCUGCCGAUCCCGUGAUACGCUUCUUUGAUAAAUAUUAUCCGCCAAUCAUGCUGUCAGUUUGCUUCGUUUUGCCGACCUUAAUACAGGUCUACUUAUGGAACGAAACGUGGGACAUAGCAAUAAAUUCUGUUAUUGUUCGCUACGUAAUAUCAUUAAACGCGACUUUUUCCGUUAACAGCUUCGCUCAUUUAUGGGGCACUCGACCGUACGACAGAAAUCUUAAAGCAAGGGAGAAUAUUGGGGUGGCUAUCGUCGCCAAUGGUGAGGGUUGGCACAAUUACCAUCAUGCGUUUCCAUGGGACUAUAGGAACGCGGAGCUAGGCUUUCAUAGUCUCAAUCUGGCGGCUGGUUUUAUAGAACUCAUGGCGUGGUUAGGAUUGGCGUAUAAUUUGAAAACACCGAGCCCCGAAAUUAUUGAGAAAUAUUGUGCGAAUAAAGGUGACGGCACUAUCGGAUUCUCGAGACGAAAAGCGCGACAGAUAUCCUCGAAACAUACAACUGCUGUUGAAUAAAGCAGGAUCACCUUAAAUUUAGACUAAAACUUAUUUCAUUUUCAUUUUUUUUUCAUACUUCUGUAAAUAUAGUCUCGAUACGCAUUAAUGUCAAAAGACUAAGGCGAGAAAAAAAGUUG